UGAUGAGUCAUUAAAAACCCUGGCAAUGAUUGUGAAAGUUUGCAUCAUUUUGGUGGCUUAGAAAAGGCCACGUAUGCUUAAAGAUAUAUAUAAAUAAACUUCAAGUGAUAGCUCAAGAGUUUAUUAUCACUAACUGAAGGUAGGCUGAAUACUCAUUCGAUCUAGGCGAAAUCAAGUUUUGACAAGUCAUGGAUCAAAGACGCCAUAAUCGAGGAGGCAUCGGAUUACUUCUUCUUUUCACUCAAUUGUACAACUUUGGAUUCAAUCGUAUCCCUCCAGUAACUCUUGCAUUUAUCGCUGGAAAUGUAGGGAUCUAUUUACGCCUUUUACCUAACAUUCCUGGUCUGGGAGAAGCUUGUGUAAGUGCCCAUCAUGUGUGGUUCAACGGCGACUGGAAGCGGCUUAUUUAUGCAUCGUUUUUUCACCUUGAUGAUUGGCAUUUGUACUACAAUAUGGCGUCGUUUCUAUGGAAGGGGAAAAGCCUGGAAUCAAGCAUGGGAAGUCAAAUGUUUCUUUUCGUGUUGUCGGUAUUUAGUGUCUUGACAAGUGCUGUUUUAGUUGGAUUAGACGUUGCUCUUGCCAACGUACUUAACGACCCGUCUUACUUGUACACUUGCGCAGCGGGUUUUUCUGGUGUUAUUUUUGCUCUCAAUGUACUGACGACUUACGAGAUUCCACAUGAGACAUCUAUGGUUAUGGGGAUAUUCCCCAUUCCUAUGAGAUAUGCAUGCUGGGCAGAGCUUAUCCUCAUACAACUGCUCGUCCCUAAUGCGUCAUUCACUGGUCAUUUAGCUGGGAUAAUUGUUGGUCUGUUGUAUGUGAAGGGCCCUUUGAAGUCAGUCAUGAAUGGCAUAGCAAGAAUAGCAUUUGAUGGAAGACGUUUUGGAGGAUUUCGCCAAUCUUACACAUACCAUGCAGCUCCAACAGGAACAAGAUAUGUAGCUCCACAACCUAGAAGACCCCCUAAUGACUCAGAUGAUGAGGAACUCCAAGCUGCCAUCAGGGCCAGCCUUCGAGAAACUCACCAUUCCCCUCCUCCCCAGAAUCAAAGGUCUCGUAUUCCUCGUCAUGACUUACCUUAUCCGACUCAUAACGGAGAAAAUGACCCAGUUUUCCAAGCUGCCCUCGCAGAAAGCCUCAGACAAAGGCAAGGUACUACCCAACAGAGUAAUCACAUCCCAGAAGCUAUGCCCUAUCCUCCUGGAGGGACAAUGUCUCAAUCUCCCGGUACAGUAGACGGCUCUUCUUUACUCCCGUCCUAUGAAGAGGCCACAAACGAAAGGCUUUAUCCAAGCCUACCAAAUGAUGGUUCACAAAAUGCAAGACCAGCGACACCAAGUGCCCCACCACCACCACCUUAUGAUACACCGGUAACACCUCCUUAUCCACAGCACGACACGAUACCAACCCCUGAUAUCAUUCGUCAAAGACGACUGAGAAGAUUUGAACGAUAAAGUUUUAAAAUAAUCGACAGAAAAAUAGCAAUUAUUCACAUGUACAUUUUUUUUGAAUAAAAAGUAGUAGUCAUUGGAUUAGUUCCAGCGUUUGAAGUGCGCGCGCGACAGGUUUUUCCCGCCAAAAGUAAUCACUACCAUGUGAAACACUAUUGUCAGCCCGCUUUUUCGUUUAAUCCCAAUUAUUUUUUUAAAAAAAAAGGAAAAGCAUUUUUGUCAUACUUGUUGAAAUUCGAUGUUAGAAAAAAGGCUUAACACUUUUCAUUUUGGUCUCCAAGAUAGAGAUCUUGUUCAACUUCGUUGGACAUAUAAAAAAUUAACAGCCAAAUGAUAAGAAUGAGGGAAUAAUAAACAAUAAUAGGCCAGUUAGACAUAGGAAUACGGAAUGUACACAGGAUUUCUAGGCUUUACGCCACUGAACUUACAGUCAAAUUGACACAUUUUGAAUCAUUUCCACAAAUGUAAUACAAAUGUGCCUUAGUCAAACGCUGGGCGAAAUAGCAGAGAUAAUUGCUUAAAUAUGUAGGAACGAAAGUAAUGACUUGUAAUAAACGUUAUCGCGCUCCAA